CCGGAACUAAGCGCGAGCGCUUAUAGCGAGAACUUCCAAAUCGAACGUGCCAUGGGUACAACCACUGUUUACGCGACAGGUUCAGCACCCGAGGCUGCUUUUCGAGUCACCGAAUUGGCGGACGUCGCGUACAGACUGAAUCGUUUCGAGCGGCGACGAGUAUCUCGUACAGUCGCUGUUCAAUAUGAGCAGGUUAAUCACUUCGACGAUGCCCGAGCACAGUUAUCAAGGCCGCGAGCCGAGUAUGGCCGAGCGACUUGGAUUAGGACCCGAAGUUCGUGAACUCAAGCUGGGAUCGACUUUUACGAACAACAGCUCGACGGCGUUUCACACUUUGAAAUAUGAUUUUAAACCAGCAAGUGUUGAUGUUUCGAAAAUGGCUAACGUUGAUGCAGGAGCUGACAAUACAAUGACAGUUACAGUUCCUCAUUUAGAUGGAGCUGGUACUCCUCAUACUGUAUUCAAAGGUUCUCAGAGACCUCAUCACAAAGAAUGUGUUCUCAUUAUUGACAAGACUACAGGGGAAUUUAUAUUGGAGAAGCUAACAGCAAAUAUUCAAGUUAAGAAAACAAGAAUGGAACCAACAGCUAAGCAAUUUUUAGCAGUUUCCAAUGGAAAUAAUAGCAAUGGUAGACCCGCAACGCCUGUUGAGCAUAAAAGGAGUCCUACGCACGGCAGGUUAAAUGGAAGGACAAAAGUUAUAAGUGGGACAAAGAGAGAACCUUUUGUCCAGUUGCAUCCGAAGGGACAGAGUCCUCCACCCCAGCCAUCCAGCAGUUGUUCGCCCGCGCAAUCGUCAAAUACACAAUCGACGUUGGCUAGUCUGCCAAUGAUUGGUUCCGAGAUUGAUGAUUUCGCAUUAUCAACUCCGAUAAUCCCGUCAUUUUCGUUCGUACCAGUCCGAGUAUCUCCUCCACCUGUCGUAGUACCAAAUACAAAAUCUACUUCCUUGAAUAGUGACGAGGGUGCGUUAAGUGACUCGAGCACAAGCAGUUCGAGUUCUGACAGCUCGGAUAGCGAUUCCGAUACGGAGAACAUUCCCGUACCAAUGGCAUCAAAUGACGUUUUAAAUACCGCCGCAAAUUCAACCUCAAUCGUCGCGCCACUUAUGCCAGACAACUUUUUAAAUGAAGAUCUGCAAUUGUCCGAAUCAGAAUCUGAUAGUGAUAAAUAAUAAGAUAUCGAUAGUAUCAAUACAAUACAUCAAUACAUAAGUUGUGAUUAUUAACGUGGUGAUUAUUAAUAUUAAACAAAUACUACGUAUAUUAGGUUCUUUUUUAGCUGCACGAUAUCACAUCUUUCGUACUUAAAUUUUACACAUUUAUAUGUGUUAUCAGAUGGUACAUGAUGUAUGAGAACAAACAUUUCGCGAGGAAAAAAUUAGGAAGUGAGUGCAAAGGGUGCAGCUAAGAAACUCUUACACAGAACAGAGAGGAGUUGUAUUAUUCCAAGACGUUUUUACAUAUCUCACAUUUGAUUGCAAAAAUCGCGUGAUAUGAAGGCCACCCAAGGCUAGAGGGGAUCUUUGUAUAUUAUUCAAUAUAUUUAUUUUUGAUAUUGUCA